UUUACACUAUAAUCACAUUGUACGAGAUUAUUGGUUUCAGUGUGAGUACAUACUAGUUAAGGCCACUUAAUAUAAAUUCCUAUGCAGAUAAAGGGUGAGACUUUAGUACUGACCACUAAUCAUGGUCUAAGAAUUUAUAUGUGAGCAAUGGCUCUAAUAUUUAGUGUACAAAAUUCUGAUUUGAUUAUAAAAUCUUCAGAUUUAGUGCUGAGCAUGACAGAAAAGAGGAAAUUGCAUGUUGUAUUCCUAAAACUAUUUUUCAGUUAAUUGUGGGGGGAAAAAGAGGACCUUCUACUUUAACAUGAACCAUAAAGCGGAAAAAGAAUGGGGAAAAGGAAGAGCUACUCCACUCCUCAGAAAUGGAUUUACAUGAAUGUGUUCAUGAGGAAUACCUCUCAUGUGUAUAUAAGGAGACGUUUAGACCUCAUUUAGAACACAUCAGCUCUGAAAUCUUCAAGCUCUCCAAAACAUCUCCUGAUUCCUUCUGUGAUUGACAAGAAACGUCUAGAAGAAUGAGAAGCCUGAUGUUUCUGCUGGUUCUGGUGCUCUUCUGCUGUGUACAAGAGACUUCAUGUUCUCCAAUUCCAAUAAAUUCAGCAAAAUCAGUCUGCUGUGAAGCGACCACUCAUAGAAAUAUUCCUCUGAAGCAGAUAAUGUCUUACCAGUGGACCACCAGAUGUCCUAUAAAAGCCAUUGUGUUUAAGACAAUUGCAGGCAGAGAGAUCUGUGUAGAUCCUCAGAACACCUUGGUGAAGAAACAAGUUGCUAAACUGGACAAAAGAAGAUCUACUACAGCUUUAUCUCCUAAAUCCACAUCUACAACAGCAGAAACUCCAGCAGCCACAUCUGGUACAACAUCUUCUUCUGAAUCCACAUCUGCAAAAUCAUCUCCAGCAUCCACAUCUGCUACAGCAUUAUCUCAUGAAUACACAUCUGCGUCAACAGUAACCUUUACUACAGCAGAGUCUCACAGCACCUCAGUUUAGAUGAAUCUGCAGUUAUUUGAAAACAUUAAUUUUUAUAUUGCAUAUUCACUCUAUUUCUAAUGUAUAUUUGAACGUCUAAUAUUUAAAAAAAUUGUUUACGCUAAAUGGAAUUUUGUUCAUCUUUUUUAAUAAAACAAGC